GUACGUACAUUUGAAGUGGAAGUGUUUAUUUUCAAAUGUUACGGUUACCGUACAUUUUCAUCUGGAUGUAUAACGUGGCCAUUAAUACACACCGAAUAAUUCCAUUUACAUGUACCUAGCUGUGCACUAGCAAUAACAAUACUGGAGACUAGUACCGUCCGUGGACCUGUUUCGGUGGUUGCGUCGUUUGAAAAUAUUGGAAAAUAAAAAUCAAUAAACACUUCACACAAGAAGCCACCAUUUGGCAACUUUGAGAAAGCCCCUGGGAAAAAAAAUGGUGGUAAAUAACCUUAUGACAGUAAAGGGUGAAUAACUCUUCAUGUUUAUACUCCUCCAGAAGCGAAUGUUUUAAAGUUAUUUGCAAAGGAAUAACUACUUUGAUUUUUGCUGAUCAUUUUGAAGAACGUUACAGUUCAAGCAUAUUUUUUAUUAUUAUUGUUGUUAUUAUUAUUAUUAUUAUACCAUGGAAAAAGGCUAUUCGCUCGGAAUAGAUUUAGGGACUUCUUCAGUAAAAGUAUGUUUGGUUGAAAGAGCCAGUGGCAAUUUGCUCAAGUCCUUUUCAGAAAACACAUCGGCAUGGAUCAACAGCGAUAUUGGGGUUUUAGGACAUGAACAAGAUGUCAGUAAAAUAUUUAUAGCACUACAUAAAUGCCUGUCUCAGCUAUCAGUGUCUGAACAAAGUGAAAUAAAAGGCAUUGGGGUCACCGGGCAGAUGCAUGGAUGUGUUCUGUGGAAGUCCAACACCACUCCAUGGUACACACAUGAUGAAUGUAAUAACCUAACACUGACUUCAGAACAUAUAAGUCCACUUUACACUUGGAUGGAUCAACGGUGUACAUUAGAUUUUUUGCAUUCAUUACCAAAAGCUGUUUCACAUUUGAAGAUUGCAACAGGUUAUGGAUGUGCAACCAUGUUUUGGCUUCAGAGAACUAGGCCAAAAUUCUUCAGCAAUGAUGAAAAAAGAUAUGAUGUGUCUGGAACUGUCAUGGAUCUCUUAGUUGCAGCGCUGUGUAACCUUGACAAACCAGUGACUUCAAAUCAGCUAGCAGCUAGCUGGGGGUAUUUCGACACUGUUCAGAAUCGGUGGAACAGUGACAUAUUAAAGAAGGGUGGAUUUCCUGUUGAUCUUCUUCCAGAAGUAGUGGAUUGUGGGUCAGUGGUGGGUCACACAGGUCACCAGUGGGGUCACAUUGCAGUGGGAACACCGGUCUAUGCAGCUCUGGGCGAUGUUCAGUGUGCAUUUCUCUCAGCCCAGCAAGAAAUAACAGAUGCUGUGUUGAAUAUCGGUACAUCUAUGCAGAUGGGAUUUGUUUUAAAGGGAAACAAUCUGAAUCCAUUCCGUUUUCCAAGUUAUCCAGAAAGUGUGGAUUAUUUCCCUUACUUUGAUGGCCAGUAUUUGGCACUGGCUGCCAGUCUGAAUGGUGGAAAUGUGGUGUCUGAGUUUGUAACCAUGCUACAAAGCUGGUUCAGCGAAUUUUCUUUCAGUGUUUCUGAAGAAGAUGUGUGGAGGAAGCUUCUAUCAUUAGCAGGUGUCGCAGAGGACAACGGGCUUAAAAUCCAACCAACUAUAUUUGGUGAGCGCUAUCAACCAGACGAACAUGGCAGUGUUGUGGGCAUCACAAACAGCAACACAUCCCUCGGUCAGACAUUCAAAGCAGUUUGCGACGGAAUCAUAGACAACCUUGACCGUAUGAUGCCUUGUGACUUUGUCAAGUGUAAUGGCGUCAGACGUAUUCUAGCCUGUGGAAAUGUUGUGGCCCAGAAUUCAGUCAUUCGAAGGAGACUGGAAGAUGUGUAUCAUAAGAUUCCUAUUCAUUAUGGCCAGUGUGGAAAUUCUGCCUUUGGAGCUGCAAAAGUUGUUAAAUAACAAGGGCAGACCCUGGAAAUAUUUUAGGGAGGGGAUCAAGGGAAAAAGGGAACAUGGACUCCUGAAAAGGGCACCUCAUUAAAAUUUUGACCCAUGAAAUGAAAAUUGUAAACAAAUUGUUUUUAUAAGGGAGAGCUGGAAUUAGUUUAAUGGGGACAGGACUCACCCCCCCCCCCCCCCCCCCCCCCCCUUUGGUCCACCCUUGAAUAAAAUAUCUAUGUGAAUAAAUAAAAUAUUUUGAUGUUAUUGAAAUUAUUAUCAGGGUAUUUAUUAUCUUUGAAGGUGUGAGUGUUUGACAUUUUCAUUUCAUUUCAACUUAUUUUCGUGCUUAUAUCCAAUCAAGGUUCAAGCACGCUGUCCUGGGAACACUUCAGCUAUCUGGGCUGUCUGUCCAGGACAGUGGGUUAGUUGUUAG